CGCCGUGAGAGAGGGGAUUGGGGCUGCUCAGGCUGCCCCUGGGUGAACCCGGAUCCCCUCCCCCCGGCCCUAAGGGGCCCCGGGCUCCCCCCGUCUCGCCGCAGCCAUGUCCGAGCGCGAGGAGCGGCGCUUCGUGGAGCUGCCGCGCGAGUCCGUGCGGCUGAUGGCGGAGAGCGCCGGGCUGGAGCUGACGGACGAGGUGGCCGCGCUGCUGGCCGAGGACGUGUGUUACCGCCUGCGGGAGGCCGCCCAGAACAGCGCCCAGUUCAUGAAACACACCAAACGCCGGAAACUGACGGUGGAGGAUUUCAACCGGGCCCUUCGCUGGAGCAACGUGGAGGUGGUGUGCGGCUAUGGCUCCCAGGACCCCCUUCCCUUCCGUGCUAUAAAGGAAGGGGAGCUCUACUUCCAGGAGGACCGUGAGAUCAAUCUGGUGGAGCUUGCCCUGGCCACCAACCUCCCCAAGGGCUGUGCAGAGACAGCAGUGAGAGUUCACGUCUCUUACCUGGAUGGAAAAGGAAAUCUGGAACCACAGGGAGCUGUGCCCAGUGCUGUCUCCACACUCUCAGAUGACCUGCUGAAGUACUACCAGCAUGUGACCCGAGCUGUGCUUGGGGAUGACCCGCAGCUAAUGAAGGUUGCCCUCCAGGACCUGCAGACGAACUCGAAGAUCGCAGCCCUGCUGCCCUACUUUGUCUAUGUGGUCAGCGGGGUGAAGUCUGUCAGCCAUGACCUGGAGCAGCUGAACCGCUUGCUGCACAUUGCCAAGAGCCUCAUCCAGAAUCCCUACCUGUGCCUGGGCUCCUAUGUCAAGAGCCUGAUUGCCAGCGUCAUGUACUGCGUGCUGGAGCCACUCGCCGCAUCCAUCAACCCCCUCAAUGACCAUUGGACACUCCGGGACUACGCUGCCAUGCUCCUGAGCCACAUCUUCUGGACGCAUGGUGACCUCGUCAGUGGCCUGUACCACCAGAUCUUGUUGUCCCUCCAGAAGGUGCUGGCUGAUCCAGUGCGCCCGCUUUGUUCUCAUUAUGGGGCAGUGGUGGGGCUGCAUGCCCUGGGGUGGAAGGCUGUGGAGCGAGUCCUCUACCCCCAUCUCUCCACCUACUGGGCGAACCUGCAAGCCGUGCUGGAUGACUACUCUGUCUCCAAUGCUCAGGUGAAGGCUGAUGGGCACAAGGUGUACGGUGCCAUCCUGCUCUUCCUUUGCCAGGUGGCAGUGGAGCGCUUGCUGAAGAUGAAGGCGCAGUCAGUAUCCGCCCAGGGGGACAGACCAUGUAGGGAUGGGUGCCGGCGGGAGAGCUCUCCCUGGCUCAGUCCCCUGCAAGAUCCCCAAGUGGAGUUCAGCUUUGGCAUCGCCAGCCACCUGCUGCAGCUGGGAAGUGGGGGCCCCCAGCUGGGCACUGGCAUCUCUGCUGACCCUCCAGCUGUCUCCCUGCAUGAGACCUACCGAGAGCUCUACGACUUCUUUGGAGACAGCCUGGCCACCCGCUUUGGCACGGGCUCAGGGCUGCAAGCAGCCGAGCUGACACCUCCCAGCCCCAAGGUCUUAGACACCAAGAAAGAGCAGCCAGCCUUCGGCACAGGGGAUGUGGUGCGCAAGAUGCCCCAGCUGACAGCCAAUGCCACCGUGAGUCCUCGGGAGGAGGAGAGCCCCCGACCAGACUACCCACCUGGCAGGUCAGCCCUCCAUCGCUCGGCCAGCGUGCCCCGCUCUCGUAGCACAUCACGCCAGCAGGGCCACCGGCCCGGGGUCCGUGAUGUUUUCCAGAAAUGCCGCUUCUCCCCCCAGGGGCCACCCCGCUUCAGCUUUGUGAUUGCUGGGCGGCAGGUGGGCCGGCGGUGCCAGGGCCGACUGUUCCAGACCUGCUUCCCCCAGCACCACGGCCCUGGCCACAUUUCCCGCUAUGCCCAGAAGCUGCCCAUGAUCGGCAGGACCAGCAAGCCUGUGAAGAAGUGGGCUCACUCAGAGUACUCCCUUUACCUGCCUCUCUGAGGAGUGACCUUUCCCCUUCAGGACUUCAGCUCAUGUGCCCUUCAUCCCUCCCCCGUACUACUGAGCAUCCCUUGCUGGAUGAAGUCAGGGGCUCCCACUCAAGCCAGUCCCCUCAGAGGAAGAUUUUUAUCUUCCAGGUGGAGGGGGCCUACUCAGCAGCCUCUAGACUCUGCAGGGGGUGCUGAAGAGACAUUCUGCCCUCCGACGUACCUCCGACGUGCCCAGACUGUGGGUCAGGCUGAGCCUGCUGCCUCUGCACUGAUGGACUGUGCACUCCUUCAAGGGCCAUCCAGGGUUUUCUGCGGCAUGAUGGCUGAGCCUUUGCUGGGGAGGUGUUUGGGGAGCAUGUGUGGGAGAGGGGAGGUGAUUGCAGGGCUUAGGGCCUCUCUGUGAUCUAGGUACAGCACACAGCAGCAGAUUCCAUAGGGUAACUAAAGGAUCUUAGCUCCCUGGUCCCAAGCCACGUCCUCCCCUGAGGGACGAGUGCUUCUGUCCUUGUGUACUCAGCACUCCCCUUGGAGUUGGAUUUUCCUGACAGCACGCAGCAUUUCUCCCACCCCCCAAGCCUUGGAUUGACACCCGCUUGUUUUAAUAAAGGCUGCUGCUGUUGGGGACUGAGGAUUUGCUUGCUGACCUCUCCCUGGCAUGGGGGUGGGGUAGCUAUAGCACCUCCUAUCUUGCCCCUGCUUGGGGCUGCCCCUUAGUCAUCCCUUGGCUUCCUGCAGUGAGGACUGGCCCACAUCUGAGGGGCUAACAGUUAGGAAGCUCUGUCUCUAAGAGCUGAGGGACCUGCUGCUGUCUUCCUAACCCACCACCAUAAACUAGGGCCCCACCUAUCUCCACACCUGCCAUGUCUACCCCCUCUCAAACUCUGAAUCAAAGCCUGGCAAGAGAAGCUGGGCCUGUCUGUAAAGUGAGGCCUACAAGGUUUUCGGAAGGUGGCUUUAAACAGCAGGACUUGGUUGCUCUUUGAGUAUGGGUAAGAUCCCAUGGCUGUUGUAACUGUGUUUAUUUUGGGGGUUAAAGGAGGUUCAAGCAUGGAUCUGGCUAAAAUCACCCCAUCUCAGUUGCAUUUCAGCAGCACUGUCUGGCCACGCUUUGGGAACAAUGCAGAGUCACACAGGCUCAGGGGUGGGCUAUGGCCUCUCCAACACUCAUUGUAAGGCAGGGGGCCCCAAUGCGGGCGCCAUGGCAUCUAAGUGUGUGCACCUACUGGCUGGUGGAUGAGCUUCUGCUGAAAUGCCGCUGACAAGCAGCGUCAUCCAGAGGUGUUGCCGCCCAAAUGCCACUGAAAAUUGGCGGCAUUUCGGUGGCAACACCUGGAUGAUGAUGCUUGUCGCCGGUAUUUCAGCGGUGACGCCUAUUGAUGUUGCUGCUUGUCGGCGGCAUUUUGGUGGAUGCUCGUCCGCUGCCACAGUCCGGCAGACGAAAAGGGUUGGGGACCGCUGCUGUAAGGUGUCAAGCAUGUCAGUUUGUGUCUUUCUGUGAUGCUUCACAGACACAGCUCUCAGUAGCGAGUGCAAAUCUUCCCUGAGAGUGGGAGAUGGGAGCAGAGCAAAAAUAAACCACCUGUUAUCUUA